CAACAACUUUUGUAUUCCGCAAGAACGGGGUUAUGAGCUCAAAACCAAUUCAGUUUUGACCAAGUUUUGACCAACCAAUGUAUUAGACAAUUUUGUCAGUUUGAAAUUAUUACGCGUACAUAGUUAUUGGUGCAAAGGUGAAGAAUCCUUACGCAAAUUGGGAUACAUUUUUCCCAUUGUGUAAAAAUGCAGGCCCUUCGCUCAGUUCUCCCCGAAAGAUUUCAAAAGUUUUUUCAACACCCCUCGUUUUGGCCUGGAUUUGCCCACACUGAGGGAGACUACGGGUUUAAUUUCCAGUUUAAGGCGGACAAUGGUCAAGUAGUUCCAUUUGAGACGACCCAAUUAAAUGUUACCGACAGCAAGGAUGGGCUUGUGUUUGACUACACGUAUGUAACCACAGAAGAUCCACCGCAGUUUCAGUACUUUGAUUUCGAAGUUUACGACUGGAAGGCAUGGGGUGUUUAUGGGACGACAAACUGGCAUCUUCCAGUCGUGGUGGGGAUCGUUUAUGUGAUUGCCAUUUUCGGCAUUGAGAGAUGGAUGAGGGACCGACCUGCUUAUAAACUCAAGUGGCCACUUUUUCUAUGGAACACAGCCCUGGGAAUUUUCUCAAUUAUUGGAUUCAUCAGAACCGUUCCUGAGUUUGUUCACAUUCUGAUGGGCGAAAGUGGAUUCUACAAAGCAAUUUGCUACAGAAAUGGAGGAAAUUGGCCAUUAGCGUACUGGUCGCUACUAUUUGUCUUGUCAAAGUAUGGGGAACUAGGUGAUACCAUUUUUAUCGUGCUGAGAAAACGACCGUUGGUGUUUAUUCAGUGGUACCAUCAUUUGGUGACGCUCGCGAUGUCUUGGUUUACCGCACCGUAUGUUGAAGCUAUUUCGAGGUGGUACGUGGUCAUGAACUAUGGCGUUCACAGCAUGAUGUAUCCCUACUUUGCUUUAUCGGUUCUCGGAAUUAAAAUACCUCGAAAGAUUUCAGUGGCAGUGACUACUUGUCAAUUGGCUCAAAUGCUCAUAGGACUUUGUGUCAACUUUACUUCAGCUUUCUUAAUCCGAAUUGGGACUCCUUGCUAUCGCCAUCCCUUCAGUAUAAAGAUCAGUGCCAUUGUGUACGGCAGCUUUACAAUCCUGUUUGCAAAAUUGUUUUGGGAUGUCAUCACAAACAACAAGGCUCGUGCUAAGAAGCAGAAACCAGAGUAAUUUCUGUUUAAAAAAUCUAGUACCAAAAAUUGUUUAGAGACAUUCCAAAGAGAAAACAGUAAUAAAAUGGAUAAUUAAUCCAGCUUAUAUUUUA